AUGGCCAGCAUAACGGGGCUCGAGAAGGAGAACCACCAGCGCGAUGCUGAGUUCAACAAGGCCCUGCACGGUACAUCCGCGCAGGCUAAAGGUGGAGUGGCCGCGAUGUUCACGAAGGACCGUGAAGCAAAAAAGCUCGCAGUGGACGAAUACUUCAAGCACUUCGAUAACAAGACAGCUGCGGAAGAGACAGAAGAAGACCGCAAAGCUCGCACCGAGGAAUAUGCCACAUUGACAAGACAGUACUACAAUCUUGCUACCGAUCUCUACGAGUACGGCUGGGGCCAAAGUUUCCACUUUUGCCGCUAUUCAAUCGGCGAAUCCUUUUAUCAGGCCAUUGCACGUCACGAGCAUUACCUGGCGCACAGCAUCGGCAUUCAGGAAGGGAUGAGGGUUCUUGAUGUUGGUUGUGGUGUUGGCGGCCCAGCCCGUGAAAUCGCAAAGUUCACGGGUGCAAAAGUCAUCGGCCUCAACAACAACAACUACCAGAUUGAGCGGGCCACGCACUAUGCGGCCAAGGAGAAGCUGUCUGACCAGGUGGCAUUUGUCAAAGGCGACUUCAUGCAAAUGUCGUUUCCCGACAACUCGUUCGAUGCGGUAUAUGCAAUCGAGGCGACAGUGCACGCGCCACGUCUGGCCGGUGUAUAUGGCGAGAUCUUCCGGGUGCUGAAGCCGGGUGGCGUCUUCGGUGUCUACGAGUGGUUAAUGACGGAUGACUACGACAGCAACAACGUACACCACCGUGAUAUUCGGCUAGGCAUUGAGCUGGGCAACGGUAUCUCCAACAUGGUCAAGAUCUCAGAUGCCCUGGAUGCUGUGAAGUCGGUUGGCUUCGAGCUGAUGCGGCAUGAAGACUUGGCUACUCGCGAUGACCCGCUACCUUGGUACUGGCCACUCGCUGGCGAGAUGAAGUAUCUGCAGUCAUGGGGUGACCUGUUCACGAUUGUGCGCAUGACACAUGCUGGCCGCUCGUUCAUGCACGGACUUACAGGACUUUUGGAAAAAGUUGGCAUAGCCCCGGCGGGCACGAAGAAGACGGCUGAUGCGCUGGCAGUUGGCGCCGAUUGCUUGGUGGCCGGAGCGCGUGAGCAUCUCUUCACCCCCAUGUAUCUAAUUGUUGCACGAAAGCCGGCGAACUAG